AUGAAGCCGAAUAUACCACCGUUAAACAUCGCCAAGUCGAAUUCCCAUAUCGACGACGUCGACGUCGACGCCGACCCCAACAAUAAACAGACGCCGGCUCGUUUCUACUCGAAUCACGGCCAGUCGGAGGCCACCCCGCCAUUAACGCCCCAGGGAACCAAGGAACAACACAUAAUGGAACAAUCCGAAGCCCCGAGAGUUGUCUUUCACAACUAUCUCCGUGCAUUCUAUCCUUUUCACCCAGCUGGAAAUGUCUCGCCAUCAACAGUCACUCUGCCCCUCGACCAAGGCGAUAUCAUCCUGGUCCACUCCGUUCACACCAAUGGCUGGGCCGAUGGUACCUUAUUAGAUUCGGGACAUCGAGGCUGGCUUCCGACAAAUUACUGCGAGGCAUACGACCAGAUCGCCAUGCGUCCGUUAUUAAAAGCCCUGACUGAUUUCUGGGACAUCAUUCGCGGAGGAUGCGGGUCAUCAUUAAAAGAUUUUGGAAACCAGGAUUUAAUGCGAGGACCCAUUGCCGGCGUCCGCUUUCUACUUGAAAAGUCAGAAUGCCUGACGCGGGAAUCCCCGCUUGUUAAGAAAUACGAUGGGCUACGAAGGAUCCGGAAAGCUUUGCUGUCCGAUCUGUCAUCGCUAGUCAAGACCGCCAAACGAUUUCAGGAAGUCGCCAACGGUACCCCCGCUGAAGAUGAAGUCGAAAGCAUCCUGGACGAGAUGCUUCUGAAGGCGUUCAAGAUCGUCACCCGGGGUGUUCGAUUUCUCGACGUUUGGGACCAGGAGGUUGGACUUACCCGGACAAUCGCCGAUAUGGAGGCCGCUGGUGAGCGGAGCCAACAUGAACUGCCCCCGACGCCAGCAUCCGAGUCUUUCAGCACGGCCGAUACUGCGGUCAUCCCCGACACUUGCUCGGAACGAAAUGAGUCCCGCCAGCUGAACCGAAGCCGUAUGGAUACAAGCCAGGCAUCGAUGCGCACAGAGAUGUUCGAGCCCUCCCGCCCUGUCUCAGUUUCAACGAAGAGGAUAUCAGUAUCGCACCGCGUCUCCUACUCCGGACCCUCAUCUGCCAUUCGCGCAGACAAUCUGGCCUCGGACCGACUGGGAACUACCUACGACGCCUUCCUGGGUGUUCUUGGGUCAUUCAUCGGUCUACAUAUGCAGUCUCGCUCCUCGACGGAGCUGGUGACCACCACUCAACAAGCUGUCUCCUCCUGCCGAGCUUUGUUGACUGUGGUUGAAGCUGUUUGCGAGCAUGACACUCAGCAUAGCGUUCUCCUGCAGGAAGCCCGUGAGGCCAUGUGCGAGAAGCUGUCUGAACUCGUCCACGCUGCCCGUGAUGUCUUCCGUCCGGCCCACGCACAAGAAGAUGAUCUUGUCUUUAUGCCGGAUGAGGGAAAGCGCUUGGUCGAUGCGGCGACGGACUGUGUGCGGGCUGCAGGGAACUGCCUGGCCAAGGCUCGAGUGGUUCUGGAGCAGAACGGUGACAUUGAGCUAGAAGCAAUUGAUGAGGAGACACCUAGUCAGGGGGUGCCUGAUAUUGUGGAGGAGAAGGCGGAGAGUAAGGAAGAGGUAGAGGAAUAUAAAGAGAAGGAGAGAACUGAUGAGUCAGGGAAGAUGGAAGAAACGAGCGAGAAGAACCAGGAAGAGGAAGGAGCGGACAAGACAAGAUUGCGCCUUCCCCCGCCGCCCCUGCAGAUUCCCAAUUUGACAAAUUCGACGAAUUCGGCAAUUUCGACUUCAAUUUCAAUUUCAAAUGGGGCCAUCGCGACUUCCUCGACUGCCACUGCACUUUCCGCUCCUUCCACUCCGGGCCUGACUGAUGCAGCCAGCGCUAACACUGCAACAACCCCCUCUUCUCUCUUCUCUCAUCUCUCUUCCUCCCACGCCUCUGCUCUGUCUUCCCUUCCCAAUUCCGCCAUCCUUCCCACACACCUGGAAAACUGCCAAUCCUUUUCUUCCUCUUACGACUCCUACCGUGAGAGUCACCCCAAGUCUGACGUGAGCGAAAGCUUCGGUCGAGGUGUGACAAGCACGGGUAGUAGCUUUACCUACAACAGCCACGCUCGUGAUUCCGAGAUGAGUGGCGUCUCCCAGACUUCUACCAGGGCUACCUCGCCCGAUAUUGGUGGUAGCUUCACCGAUAGCUUCAAGGUCCCCUCCCUCAAGGAGAGUAUCAGCCACUCGACCUUGGCCGAGGAGAAUGAGGAGACCGAGGCUCACUUGCUCGAGAAGACCUUCGCCUAUGAAUUGGUCUACAAGGAAGGCCAAGUGAUGGGUGGCAGUAUGCGUGCUUUGAUCGAAAAGCUCACUGCUCACCAAUCUACCCCGGACGCCACCUUCGUCUCCACCUUCUACCUCACCUUCCGCCUCUUUGCUACCCCGCUGGAGUUCGCUGAAGCUCUCUCAGAUCGCUUUGAGUACAUCGGCGAUACCCCUCACGCUGCUGGUCCAGUUCGGUUGCGCGUGUACAACGUGUUCAAGGGCUGGCUCGAGUCUCACUGGCGCCACGACAGGGACAAUGAUGCGUUGGAGUACAUCCUCAACUUCGCAAAGACUCGUCUUAUGACUGACCUGCCCACUGCUGGAAAGCGUCUCGUCGAGCUGGCCGAGAAGGUGUCUGCCGUCCAUGGCCCCGUUGUUCCUCGUCUCGUUUCCUCCAUGGGCAAGACCAACACCGCGAUCGCUCAAUACGUCAACCCUGAUACCCCUCUCCCCCCUUGUAUUAUCGGCAAGAAAGAGAACCACCUUUUGAAACAGUGGAAGGAUGGCUCGGGCUCAAUCAGCAUCCUAGACUUCGAUCCUCUCGAGUUGGCUAGGCAGUUGACCCUCAAGGCGUCUCGAAUCUUCUGCUCCAUCCUGCCUGAGGAGCUCCUUGACACCGAGUGGACCCGCAAGUCUGGCUCAUUGGCUGUCAAUGUCCGCGCUAUGACCACUCUGUCGACUGAUCUUGCUCACCUGGUCGCUGACUCCAUCUUGUGCUUGGAAGAGCCUAAGAAGCGUGCUGCCACCAUCAAACACUGGAUCAAGGUUGGAAACAAGUGUCUGGAGCUAAACAACUACGAUUGCCUCAUGGCAAUUGUCUGCGCCCUGAACCUGUCCACCAUCGAGCGUCUGAAGCGGACCUGGGAUUUUGUCUCGCAGAAGACCCUAAACUCCUUUAACAAUCUGAGAAACAUCGUCAGUGUGGAUCGGAACUAUAUUGUCCUCCGCAAGCGCCUGCAGAACCAUGUGCCACCCUGCCUGCCUUUCCUAGGAACCUACCUGACCGACUUGACCUUCAUCGAUCACGGUAACCAGUCCCUCCGCUCCCUGCCGACUGAUGAUGGUAAGAUGGCUGGCAUCAAUUUCGAUAAGCACAUGAAAACCGCCCGCAUCAUUGGCGAGCUUCAGCGAUUCCAGAUUCCCUACCGCCUGACCGAGGUGCCUGAACUGCAGACCUGGAUGCAAAAUGAGCUUGUUCGCGUUCGCUCCAAUGGUGAAUCCGCCGCGCAGAAGUUCUACCGCCGGUCCCUGAUCCUCGAACCUCGUGUUCAUUGUAGCUCGACCAACCUCCAUGCUCAGGCCCAAGCUCAAGCUCAGGCUCAAGCCCAAGCCCAGUCUGAGUCCAACCCGCCUUCUAUGCUCGAGAAUGCCAAAGACAAGUUUGACUUCCUCUCUUGGACCAACCCCUCCAAGCCGAAGUCGAUCGCCACAAAUGGCUAA